AUGGGCAAGAAAUCGCGGCGACAGCGAGAGCCGGGCGGCGCCGCAGCGGGGUUCUUGAAACCGCAUAAACGGUUCGAAAAAGAUCACUGGCGCCACAUAGACGGGACCCCAAUUACAAGCGGGCAGGAGCUUCAGUUGUAUAUGGCGAUGGGCUUCAAAGGAUUGAAAGAUGAUAUCGGGACGCAUGGGGAUACGGACCCUGGAAGGCGGGAGUAUAUGUCCCUUGUGUGUCUUAGGAAAGUGACCACCAAGGGCGUGUCCAACGCGAUUGAUGCCUUGAGGCGCUGGCCCGACUUGCAGCCCCACUGGCCGCGAAUCCGGCGCCGAAUCUGCGAUCAGUGCGGCCAGCGAGUCGCCCUAUCCGAGCCGCGCUUUAUGGUCUGCGGCGGGUGCGGCGUGGCGCGAUAUUGCUCGGAGGCAUGCCAGAUCGCGAAUUGGGGGCAUCACCAGACGGUCUGCGCGGCGCUUGCGCGACAGGCCGCGCGCGAUGGGAAGGCGUCGGCGACUGCGAAGGCGGCGCCGUUCAAGGUGCGGGGAGUGCUGAAUACGUUCAACUGGGAUGCGCACUGA